AUCCCGGUGAGAGUGCAGGAGGAGGAGGGAGAGAUGUCUAGAAAGAUCUAAGCAUUUCACUGUCCUCUGUUGCUCAGUUGUGCUUUUUCUGUGGAAGGGAGAGUCCGCAAGCUAUUAUGGCUCAGGCUAAAAUCCAGGCAAAGGCAGCCACCGAAGGGCACAAUGCAGGCAAGUUCUGCCGCUCUGUCUCUAUGGCAGCUCGAUCCAACCACCUGUUAGAGAUUUUGGACGAUCUGGAAGUCAGGGUCCAAGCCUUUCGUGAUGCAGCCUCUGCCCUAGAGCUGGAGAGGGAGUCUCUGAUAGAAAAGAUUCACAGCGUGCAGAACAGUCAUGACAUAAGGACGAUCAGUGAUGGGGAGAGAGAAGAACUACUUGUAACAGCUGAACGUCUAAUGGGCCGCACCCUUACUGUUGCAGUAGCUGUAGAAACCAUUAGAAACCCCCAACAGGAAUCCUCUCUACAACAGGCCAGCAUGAUUAUUGAUGAAAUUUUGAAAAAAGUCAUGGACAACCUGGAAAAUGGCAGGAAACAGUUAAUGGGACUGUAUGGAGCUUGUAGCUCGGAAGUUCCAGCAGGACCAGUAGACCAGAAGUUUCAGUCCAUAAUUAUUGGAUGUGCAAUAGAGGACCAAAAAAGAAUAAAAAGAAGGCUGGAGACCCUUAUCCGGAAUAUAGACAACUCGGAGAAGUCAAUCACGUUGCUUGAGCAGCAGAGGCAGAAAUCUGCUUUUAGUUUGAUUCACACCAAGAACCUGUAAAUCUCCGGACUGACCCUCUACUUUUUCUUUUGCAAGGAUAUUGCAAGAACUGCAAACAGGAAGAUAGACAUUUAAAUGGUAUAAAUCUACUGAUACCAUAUUUAAAUUCACCUUUAAUUAAAUGUUCACAUAUCAUU